CGCAUACAUUAGCAUGAAAGGUACCCUCUAACCGUCAGGCACAUCGUAACCAUAUCUUGUAACUUAGCAGGCUGUGCCAAAUUUGGAUAAAUACCCUCCCUUGACCCAGUUCAUACCACUUUAUCCUUCCCAGCCUGUCUCGAUAUUCGUAGGUUCCUCAGUAGAAUCGGUUGUGCGACCAUGUCCUCUUCAAUGAACAAAUACUGGAUCCCGCAUCAAGACAUUCACAGAAAAGUCAUCACUCAAGAACUCCAGUAUUAUCUAGGACCCCAGGCUACAGUUCGCCCAUACACGUUGGAGGGAGAGGAUGGUUUCCUCAUCACCACUCCCGGAUCCUGCUUGACAGAUGAACAAAUCGAUGAUAUUUGCCGAAAGUCGAAAGAUCUGUGGGAUCGACAGGCCGCAGCCAAGGUCCAACAGAAUCCCGAGAAGUUGCUGAAACGACCGUUACACCAGCCUGUCAUUGUUUCGAGAGGGUCUUCCAGAGACUCUCAUCGACGUUACCACGACCGACGCCGGCAAGAUGAUGAUUGAGCCCCAGCAUGACUCAGCAGUUAAAACCGUGUUACCUCUCCACCUCUCCAGUACCCCGAGGGAAGCCUGACAGAUACCUGUGGGGGAGUUUUCUGCAUAUCGAGGGCUGGCAGCUGCAGCCAUCACCCCAGACUUUGAGGCCCGUGAAACAAUUUGUGUUGGAAUGCUAGAGUGCGGUGAAGCAAAGGGUUGCUGGCUGCAAAUAGCCAUGAAGCAGAAGCUGUCCGGUGCCCAAUAUAGAUAUGUGGAGGAUGAGAUACCCAAUUGAGUCAAAUUAAGCAAGUGUCAUGGUGGUUGCCAUGUCUGUCCACAGAUGCG